AUGGUCAACUCCUGUUGUGGCUCCACCUGCUCUGAGGAGGGCUGCUGCCAGCCCAGCUGCUGCAUUUCCAGCUGCUGCAGGCCCUGCUGCCAGUCUGUGUGCUGCCAGCCCUGCUGCCGCCCCAGCUGCUGCAUUUCUAGCUGCUGCAGGCCUUGUUGCCAGCCCAGCUGCUGUCGCCCCAGCAGUUGUGUGUCCAGCUGCUGCAGGCCCUGCUGCCAGUCUGUGUGCUGCCAGCCCUGCUGCCGCCCCAGCUGCUGCAUUUCUAGCUGCUGCCGCCCCUGUUGCCAACCCUGCUGCCGCCCCAGUUGCUGCAUUUCUAGCUGCUGCCGCCCCUGUUGCCAACCCUGCGGCCGCCCCAGCUGCUGCAUUUCCAGCUGCUGCAGGCCUUGUUGCCAGCCCAGCUGCUGUCGCCCCAGCUGCUGUGUGUCCAGCUGCUGCAGGCCCUGCUGCCAGUCUGUGUGCUGCCAGCCCUGCUGCCGCCCCAGCUGCUACCUCCCCAGCUGCUGCAAGCCCCAGUGCUGCACCUCCAGCUGCUGCAGGCCCCAGUGCUGCAUCUCUAGCUGCUGCAGGCCCCAGUGCUGCAUCUCCAGCUGCUGCCGCCCCAGCUGCUGUGGUGGUUCUUGCUGCUGA